AUGACCUUAGUCGGCUCUGUACUGGGAGUCUGGCUGUCUCUUUGGGCCUGCAUCUGUUCGUGUCUAGGGCUGGCUGAAGAGGUUAACGAUCACCCCUCUGAGUUGGCCAAUGUCUCUUCUGCAGGGCCGAACCCAAGCAAGUACACCACCACCAACCUGAGGGUCACUCAAGGCUCAUUCCCGUGGCGAUCCGCAGUAACCGCAGACCACUCUUAUGCUGCAGAGGAGAGCACGAUAUCCAGUGUUUGGAAUGCACGUCGACCUUCAUAUGGUCAUUGCCGCGGGGACACCCGGCGUUCAACCUCGGACAGUGCCAGUAGAUGGUUGCCCGAGCUAUCCGUGUCUUCGCAUGGAUCUACUGCUCCUUCCAUCCCGUUCUCUCUGGCAAUUCGUGAUUCUUCUCCUCCUUCAACCGCACACCGCAGCGGUGCCGAAGAUGGCCUAGAUUACUCUCAGUUGGGCGCCCUUGCUCAACGCCGUGGUUUCAAAGGUUCCCCGAUCAUCAUCGAGCCGAAGGACUGGAAGUCAUCUACAGCUUCAAACGAUUCCUACUCCGAACCUGGAUCGCUUCUCACUUCUAAGAGUUUGAAGGCUAAGUUCGGUAACCUGUUGCGGCCCCUGCCGUCUCCCCUGCCUACUACGCCUUUGUCAUCGCUCUUCUUGCCCAUAUCGGACUCCAUACAGAACAGCCAUUGGGAUUCGGACCCUUUCAGUAUGCACGGAGAAUCCUACUUCGCCCCGAAUACUUCUAUCGACUCUCCAAAUGAGUCUCGAUUGGCCAUCUCUUCCGGCCAAGCAAAUUCGGCAGGGCAAACUUCCUGUACCGUCGAGGCAGCAUGA